AUGGUCAAGUACAUGAAGGAGAAAGGGCUGACCAGCAGCACCGGCAGCGAUUCAGGCGGCGGCGGCGGCGGCAGCAGCAGCGCCUCCUCCAGCAGCGCCAAUGACGUCGUCUCCAGUGUCGAGGAUAAGAAGAAGAAGGUUCGCGAGCUGCCCAGCUCAGUGGACCCCGCAGACGAUGACGACGUCAGUCCGAAGUCGUCGAGCAGCGGCGACAGCAAAACAAAAGCUGCCAAAAAGAAGUCCUCUUCCUCUUCAAAGAAGAAGUCCAAGGGCAAGCGGUCCAAAUCCAAGUCGAGCACUGGGAAAGGUCGGAAGAAGUCGCUGGUCAAGUCGAGUACCGGAGCGGUCAACAAGAAGUCGCCCCUCUCCGCGAAGAGCAAGUCUUCGAGCAAGGGCAAGUUCAAGAUGGUGGCCAACACUGAAAUGGCGCUGAAACCGCUGCAGGUGAAGGGCGUCAACUACGGCGAGAUGACCUUCGACGAGAAGAAGGUGCAGUUCAUGCAGACGCUGCUCAAGGCGAAUGUCAGCAAGCUGAAGAGCCUUCCCGCUACUGAGCCCUCCGAGGAGGGGAAGAAGGCUUUCAGCAUGUACAACCUUGACGAGAAGAAGCCCCUGGAGACGGGCAAACCGCACUCGGCCAAGGCGCUCUACACCUGCACUCACAAGUCAUUUUCUCCGGACAUUCAGGUAGUCGCCAAGGUGUACGACGCGGCCACCUACGACCCAAAGAGUUCGCUCUUUCUCAAGGUGCUCCGUCAUCUGGGCAAGCUGCAUCCUAAUGUCAUUCAGACCUGGGACGUCAUCAACAAGGGCGACUCGGUGUACGUGUUUCAAGAGUUGGCUCCUUAUGGCAACUUAGCCGACUACGUGAAGAAGAAGGGCCCGCUGGGGGAGAAGGAGUGCCAGCUGGUGGCCUGUCAGCUGCGCACGGGCAUGGAUUUUUUGGGCGACAUGGGCAUCUCUCAUCGAGACAUUAGCCCUCGUCACCUGCUGCUGGUGCACAAGGACAUGCGCGUCAAGCUGACCGGCUUUCGCUCCGCCGUCAUCUACUACAAUGAGAAGAGCGAUGAAAUUAACUUUCAGCCCUGUCUGCCGGUGAAGAAGAAGGGCAAGGAGGGCGCCGAGGACUACCACGCUCCUGAGUCGUACGGCAACUCGAAGAAGGAGCAGUUUGACCCGGUGGCGGCCGACGUCUUCUCCGCCGGCGCCACGCUCUACCACCUGCUCACGGGCAAGUUUCCCUUUGACGCCUCGAAAAGCAAUCCCAAGGUGGAGAAUGAGAUCCAGGGCAAUGUGCGCGCACUGAAGAAGGUCUCCGACAAUGGCAAGAGCGCCCUCGGUUACAUGCUCACCACUUUCUCAGACAAGCGUUUCACCGUGGAGCGUCUCAAGGAGCACCCGUGGUUCCAUGAGAAGUGA